GAUCUACCCGGUAUUUCAAGAUCUCUCGUUCGUCGCCCUGUUCUGUUUGGCUGCUCGGAAGUCGUCGGGGGAAGGGAAUCGCCGAUGGCGUCUUCCAGCAAUGCGAAGCACAAAAGAAUCGCGGAAGAGGAGGAGGAGGAGGAAGAAGAAACGCUAGAGGAGAUUGAGGGCUUUGAUGAUUUCACACUUGCAUCUUCCUGGGAAAGGUUUAUUUCUGAAAUUGAGGCCAUUUGUCGAGUAUGGAUGGUUGAUGGUCCAAAGAAUUUGGUGGAAAAGGGUGCAGAAUGCUUGGGUUCACAGAAAAAAUUAUAUAAGGUCAAAUCUGAAAUGAAGCAUGGCACAAAAUUGUAUUCUAUUGAGUACUACUUUUGUGUCUCUAAUAAGGGCAAAGCUUCGUUUUGGGAUGAUGAUUUACAUGAUUUGCAAUUGUCCUUUGGAGUGUCUGACUUUAUGGUUAUUGCACCUCUAAGUGCUAGUGGGGUGGUUCUUGAUGCACCUGAAUCAACGAAGCUAUUAAGUUCUGUUGCAAUUGCCUUGACAAAUUGUGGCAGUAACUGGCCCGCAUUUGUUCCAGUGCAUGAUCCUUCUAGAAAAGCAUACAUUGGGAUCCAAAAUCUAGGCCUGAUUUUCACCAGAAGGUUUGAUGCUGAUAGGAUUGGUAGCCAGGUGCCUAUAAGGCUCAUGCAUUUGGAGGGGCUUUAUGAGUUGUUUAUCUCAAAAUUUGCCUUAUAUUCAGUAGAUUUUUCAGCAAGCUUUUUCAAAGUGCAAUUUGCAAUGAAGCUUACAUAUAGAUCUCCUCCAUAUGAAUCUGAUGACGAAAUCAACAGUGUGGACCCUGAAGUUAAUGAAUCAAAAGGAGAUAUUGUUAGUCCAAAUCACAUUAAAACCCAAUGGGAUGAUGACUGCCCUUGGACAGAAUGGUAUUCUGCGGAGGAUCCAAUUAGAGGGUUUGAGUUGGUCGCCAUUUGGUCUGGUAGAAUGUUUGAAAGUUCUCUUGAGAUGGCAGAACUUGAAAAUGCUUCCUCAUUUGAUGCUGAAAAGUGGCUUCUUUGCCCUAUCAUAUUCCCAUUCAUGAUGGACGAUUCAACAUGGAUGUUUGUUGGUUUUGCUUCACAAAUACGUCUUCUAGUAAGUGCAUUGGAUAUGUCAUUUGAGGCUCAAUUUUUGGACGAUUUUGUUUCAGUCGAGAAUCCAGCAUCUGAUAAUUCAAAGUCGUCAACUGCUAUACCUCCCCCAACAGUUCUUGAUCGAGUUCUCAAAGAGAUUUUUCAUGAUGGAGGCCACAAUUCGCAUCUUGUGGAACGGGAUAAUAAACACUCUCGUGCAAUCAAAGGCACACCUCUAGAAUCCCUGUUUGCUCAAUUUUGUCUGCAUUCACUCUGGUUUGGUGGUUGUAACAUUCGUGCUAUUGCAUCCCUCUGGAUUGAAUUCGUCCGAGAAGUUCGAUGGUGCUGGGAAGAAUCACAACCCUUGCCGAAAAUGCCAUCAGAUUCCACCAUUGACUUGUCUGCCUGUCUUAUACAUCAGAAAUUGCAAAUGCUUGCCAUAUGCAUUGAGAAGAAGAACUUGAGUCAUGACACUCACAACAGCACUGAAAGUGUAGACCAUACUCCUAGUGGUAAAAAGGUAGAUGCUGAAGCUGACCCAUUUAAGGAACCUGUAAAAAAUGAAAAUGGCAGUUAUCUGAGAUCUUAUUGUCAUCAAGAUUCAGAACCAUCUACAUCAAGUUCGUUUAAGCAUCAUGAUUAUAGUGUACGAUCUCCUGAUCUGCAAAAAGUAGAUCAAGUACGGAAAGGAUCAGCUGGUGUUGUUGGGUCAAUGAUGCUGCUCCACUCAUAUCAGAAGAUGCAUGCUCCAUACACACAGGAUGCACCAAUUAUGACAGAAGAUAUGCAUGAGGAAAGGCUUCAUGCUGUUGAAGUAUUUGGUGAUGCAUUUAGUUUCUCUGGUCAAUUGGAAAGAGAUAUUCUCUCAUCUGACAUGUCAGCAUUCAAGGCUGCAAACCCAGAUGCAGUGUUUGAGGAUUUUAUUCGGUGGCAUUCACCUGGUGACUGGGAGAAUGAUGACAUGGACGGCUGCGCAGGUGAUGGAAAUAACUGGCCUCCUCGAGGAAAACUUUCACAGCGCAUGUCUGAACAUGGGAAUUUAUGGCGACAAAUUUGGAAUGAUUCUCCACCUUUGCCAGUGUUAGAGCAGAAGUCCCUUCUUGACCCAAUUCGAGAAGGAGAAAAGAUACUCCAUUAUCUUGAAACUUUGAAACCACAUCAGCUGCUUGAGCAAAUGGUUUGCACUGCCUUCAGAGCAUCAGCUGACAUUCUGAACCAAACCAUGUAUGGUGAUUUUAAACCCAUGAAGACAAGGUUUAAUCAGCUUUACAUUACACUAGCAUCAACUUUAAAGCCUUUGCAAGCAAAUCAUCUUCGUGAAAAGGCAGAGUUGAUAGGUGAUUUAAGACGGCUUUGCCUUGUAUUCGAGCACAUAGAGAAACUACUAAUUUUUGCAGCUUCAAUCCACCGUAAGCUAUUAGAUGUCCCACGCCUUUCUGAAGCAAUGUUCAGUGACUAUUUCAACUUUUAUCUUCCCAAAAUGGGUACCAGUUUAGAGAGCAUUUGCUAUGACCAGGAGUUCAAAACCAAGCAAUUAGUGAUGAUGCAUGAGAGAGAUGCUGUAUCCAUUUUAUUUCCUCCCCCCACCGCCAAUCAAUCAUGGAGGAAAGUUUUGAGCAUGGGCAAUCUUCUAAAUGGGCAUGAACCUAUUUUAAGAGAAAUAAUAUUCUCAAUCAAUGAUCGAGUAGAAGAUAGUCACUACGGUAGCAGCAUUCCUAUGGCCACCAUGGAGGAAAUUCAGACACAUCGGAUGUAUAUACAGGGAACGUCCAACGAUCUUUGGGUGGCACUGUCCGUGACAUCAUGGGAUUAAGUGCCUACAUUGCAAAUGCUUUUCUUUCAUCAAGUGCUAUUGCAUUUAAUCACUUUCUGAUCUUUAGAGUGCAAUCUUGUUUUUUUGCUUGGGCCUGUGCUGCAAUGGCCGAGCCUGGUAGCUGGUAAGCUGGCCAAACGCCUGAUCAUGAUCUCCACUGUGUACAAUGCAUGAGUGGGUUGAAAAUUGGUGGCUUAUGCUAAAAUAAUUGCAACCCCUUGGAUUACCAAUCUACAGUAACCGAAGAAUAUUCCAGUGAUGAAGUAUCGUGAAAAGCUGAUAAGCUAGGCAGACAGGAUUUCUGGAGAUACAGUGAUGGUGUUGUAUUCAGCUUCUCGAGAGUGCUGCUGCUUAUGAUUUUUGUAACAUAACUCGGGUAUGUCUAUUGGAUGGUUUUGACUGAUUCCAGCACAAGUUAACUGAUUCCAGCAUCAUUGGAUGGUUUUGACUGUUGGAUCAAUAGAGACCAUCAACAGCUUCUGAACAUGAAACUGAAAAGGAAGAUGCUAGGUGAACUAUCUGAAUCCUCGUGGAUCGAAAAAGUACAAGAGUUAUUACUGUUGUAUGUCUAUAAUAUUAACACAGAACUUAUUGCCAUAACAGUUCAAUUUGAUACUCAUUCUGCCUGUCCUGUUACUUUUUGAGAAUCUUGAAGUCUUGUCACGUUGGAAUC